AUGAAAAUAUUUAUUGUGGCACUGUUAAUACUAAAUUUGAGUAUUGCAACUAGGCUUAUAGGUUCGGAUGAACUUCAACAAUUAUUUAUUAAAGCUGUAAAGAAUAAAACAACAGAGGCUGAUUUGAAAACGAUUCAAGAUGUUUUCGAAAUCUACAAACCAGCUUCUAACGCUGUUUUUAACAUGCAAUAUGCAAGAAAUAGCAUAUCGGAUAUUAUCUGCCUUAUAUGCAGCAGCGUAUUUGCUGUACUAAGCUAUUUGGUUCAUGAAGGGAACACCGAUGAAAUGAUUAUAGAUACUUCAACACCAUUAUGUAACAUCAUACAGGUCGUCAGUUAUAGAACUUGCUCAGGAGUUUUGAGAUUAAAUAUACCUAUACUAGCAUACAUAAUAAAAACGACGCCAGAGGCCGCGCCUAGAACAUUUUGCAGCCUCCUAUUUCAAAAUGCCGAAGAUCCGAACACUUGUGGAUUCAAUGAUCCCAGGUUUGAAUGGACAAUUGAUUUACCUGAAUAUAUUCCAAUAAGUAAAGAUACACAAUAUGACACGAUAUCAACGAAAAGUAAUGGUUCAUUGACAAUUGCUCUCAUCACAGACGGUCAUAUCGAUCCCUUGUAUGAACCUAACGGUGUUGCUGAUUGUAGCGAGCUUACUUGUUGUAGAAAAGGCCAGACUCCACGAUCCUAUGACUAUAACACUGAUAUAACAGAUUCAAUCUUCAGGGAUCGAAUAUUUGAAGUAGGAGAUGACUUAAUAUUGGAUUUAGAUUUAGCAAACGAUAUUAAAAAUUUAUCCAAUUCUAGAAGAAUUACUAGAAAUUCACCGCCAGCUGGAUAUUGGGGAGACUACAGGCGUUGCGAUUCACCUUAUUGGGCAUACGAUGACGUCAUUGAAACAGUUUCUAAACAUAAGGAUAUAGAUAUUGUAUAUUACAUAGGAGAUAGUAUCGACCACCACAUAUGGGAAACAACGUACGAACUUAUCGAUGAAGUUAACUUACACAUUAUUAACAAGAUGAGAAAAGAAUUCGGUGAUGUUUUAAUUGUACCUUGUAUUGGAAAUCACGAAUCUCAACCAACGAACCAAUUUGCACCAAGUACAAUUAAAGACGACAAAUUAAACACGACUUGGUUGUACGAAUCUUUAGCUAAGAAAUGGGACUUUUAUUUAACAGAGGACGCAAAGGCUACUCUACGAGAACACGGUGGUUUCUCCAUGCUGGUCAGGCCUGGAUUACGAGUUAUUUCUAUUAAUAAUAAUAUUGCUUAUAGAUUUAAUUGGUGGUUGGUCUACGAUCCGUUAGAUUCUAAAAGGCAUUUGGAAUGGCUCGUUCACGAGUUACAUAAAGCUGAAUUAGCUGGUGAAAGCGUCCAUAUUCUGGCUCACAUUCCGCCUGGAGUUCACGACCUCAUAUAUACAUGGACAAGAGAAUAUAACAGAGUUGUUACUCGUUUCUCAUCAACAAUUAAGGGAGAAUUUAAUGGUCACACACACUCUGACGAAUACAAGAUAUUCUACAGUACAGAAGACGGGUCGCCUAUUAACAUGGCAUGGGGAGCCGGUAGUGCUACCUCCUACACGUUCUACAAUGUAAAUUAUAAGAUAGCCACGUUCAACACGACCACGUUUAAACCAAGUAAUAUUUUGAACUACGUAUAUAAUCUCACCGAAGCGAACCUCACGCCACACAGAAGACCACACUGGUUCCAACUUUACGAUAUGAAAAACAGUUUCGGAAUCAACGAUCUCUCAGCUGCUACUAUGAAUGAUUUAACUUAUGAAAUGGUGACGAAUAAACUAGACACAUUAGAUCUUUAUGCAGCAUUUUUCUCAAAAGUAAGUGACGAACGAGUGCCGAAUUGCGAUAGUAAUUGUAAAAUUAACAUUAUAUGCAGAGCUGUUUUGACAGUUCUGUGGGAGCGUGAAAAGUGUGAUGAACUACGUGAACUGUACUUCUCACUACACUAAAUAAUUCUCAUUAAUAAAUAACAUAUCACAAAAA